AUGGGGAGGGUGGGGUUGGGACUGGCUGUGGGGUGUGCGGUGGUGGCUAGUGGGAUCGCAGUGGUGGCGGUGUGGAGGAGAGUGAGGAGUCGCAGAGGUUGGGCUAGGGCUGUUGCUGUGCUUAAAGAGUUUGAGGAGGGUUGUGCUACGCCCGUUUCUAGGCUGCGACAGGUGGUGGAUGCCAUGGCGGUGGAGAUGCAUGCUGGAUUGGCGUCUGAUGGUGGGAGUAAACUUAGGAUGCUUUUGACCUUCGUUGAUGCCCUCCCUAAUGGGAAUGAAAAAGGUACCUAUUAUGCUCUUCAUCUUGGAGGCGCUAAUUUUAGAGUGUUGAAAGUUGAGCUAGGAGGUACAAGGUCAACGAUCAUGAAGCACCAUGAUGAAUACCAAAUAAUUCCUCAAGAUUUGGUGGCCAGUACUAUUGAGGGACUUUUUGAUUUUCUUGCCAUGACCCUGAAACGUUUAGUUGAAAAAGAUGACGAAGGUUCUGGGCAAUCAGAUGACACAAUAAAGGAGCUUGGAUUCACAUUUCCUUUUCCUCUCAAACAAUUGUCUAUUUCUUCUGGCACUCUUGUCAAGUGGACAAAAGAAUUUGCAAUUGAAGACGCUAAUGGAAAGGAUGUUGCCCAAUGUUUACAUGAAGCCCUAAUAAAGAGCGGUUUGGAAAUGCAGGUUGCAGCAUUGGUUAAUGAUACUGUGGGGACAUUAGCUCUUGGUCAUUAUGAAGAUGAAGACACUGUGGCUGCAGUGAUUAUUGGAACGGGUACCAAUGCCUGCUACGUUGAACGCACUGAUGCAAUAAUUAAAUGUCAAGGGCUUCUUACAAAUUCUGAUGAAAUGGUUAUUAACAUGGAAUGGGGAAAUUUUUGGUCAUCACAUUUGCCCAGAACACCUUAUGAUUUUGAUCUUGAUGAUGAAAGCCCAAAUCAAUAUGAUCAGGGUUUUGAGAAAAUGAUUUCAGGAAUGUAUUUGGGGGACAUUGUAAGAAGAGUGCUUCUCAGAAUGUCUCAACAAUCCGAUAUCUUUGGUGAAAGUGCUCAUCAUUUAUCAACCCCAUUCAUAUUGAGCACACCUUUGAUGGCCUCCAUGCAUGAAGACAGCACUCCUGACUUGAAAGUGGCUGAGAGAAUACUGUUGGAUGAGUUGAAGUUGCCCAACGUUUCUCUCAAGGCUCGCAGACUUGUUGUAAGAGUAUGCGAUGUGGUAACCCAAAGGGCUGCCCGGCUGGCUGCAGCAGGCAUUGUCGGAAUACUAAAGAAAAUUGGAAGAGAUGGGAGCGGUGGGGUUGCGAGCGGAAGAGUACGAGGCAAACCAAAGCGAACGGUGGUGGCCAUUGAAGGUGCUCUGUACGUGAGCUAUUCAUCGUUCAGAGAGUACCUACAUGAGGCAGUGGCCGAAAUAUUGGGGGAGGAAGUUGCACCAAAUGUAGUUCUCAGAGUAACUGAAGAUGGAUCAGGCGUAGGUGCUGCUCUAUUAGCGGCAUCACACUCAUUACAAAGGUGAAGUGAAGUCUGGGUAUACUUACAAAAUCUCUGUCCAAAUGUACAAAUAUGCCUUCUUAUUCAUAUAAUAUUGUUUACAUAUAAAAAAGUUGUGCAGCAUCUCAUCUGAUCUCAUCUCAAGUUCUUUUUCCCCUUUUAUUUUCAUUGUUCAAGUUGGGUUUGUAGUCAACCAAUUCUUUGAUUUGUUGCCAUUGAAGUUUCAACAUGGAUUUGAUCAUUGUCAGGA